CUCAUAGCAAUCGACAGAGCGAGUAAAAUGUCCCAGAGAAGGGAGAGAUAAACCCUAUUGGAUUAGUACAAGACCCUGCCCAUUUCAACCUCUAACCCAACCUAUCUACUCCUUUUCGUUUUUUGUAUUUUUUACCAACGUUAUCAACCCUGCUACUGUGUCUUUCAUGGAGUAGCUGUUUUACCUUGUUUUGGUGUGAUAGUUCGUGUGUGGUGUCCUUUUUCCUCGCGCACAACAAACCAGCAUGACCAGAGAUUAAUUAUUCAAGGACUGCCAGCCAAAGGGAGAGUCACCCGAUAGUACGGACUUACAGUAUUACAACCUGAUAUCAGGUGAACCGGUAGACCCUGCUUCAUCUUCUUUUCUACUUGUUCUCCUCCCUCUCUCCAUUUCAUUUUUGGUGCUACAGUACAUGAAGACUUGAAAGACAGCUUUCACAAACUCAGCUACAAGCGGAACCUUUUUUUUCUUUUUUUUUCUUCCAUUAACAUUUUCUCUUGCUUACCGGUAUUCUUUUUUUGCCAAUGCUUGUCCCUAACAAACAGUUGAGUCUUGGUCGCUCCCACAGUUGGGACACAUUAGGGGGGAGUGAGGGUCAGUGGGACAGGGCUGAGAGUGUCUACGAGCAGCAGGCAAGAGUAGCAGGCCGGCGGAGCUCUCUGUCAUACAGAGAGGGAGGAGGGUGGUACGAGCCUCCGUCAGGAGUGCGUCCCCCUGACCUGGAUUUAAAACGUGACCCGUAUUCCUACCAAGACUCUCUGUACGGACAGGUUUACGCAGAGCGUCAGGACCCACGGGGGUUGAGGAAGGGUUCUGUGCCUGAUCUAAACCACUACGAACGAGCACCCAUGGCUCACCGAGGAUCCAUUCCACAUCAGGAUUACUAUUCCCAUGACCCGGCCAUUACACCUCGGCCACCGGAAGGCUUUUACCGGCCAGAACCCCAGCCUCCGCCACCUCACCCUCAUCCACUCAGUAGGUCAGGUUCUCAUUUUGGGAUGACACCUGGGGCUCGUGCUGUGUGGGAUCAGGGUCAGGGAGGGAGAGUAGGACCUCAAGCCCCUUCAUCACCUCUACCUCCUCCUCCCCAUCCUCCAACAGCUGGCCAACAGCGCGUACCCUCCCGAGAGCCAUCUCCUGCUCACUAUGGUAUGGAGCAGGCAUCUCCUCGGUAUGCCAGUGAGCCUCCACCUCUGACAGGUCAGUCACUCUACACUGAUGUUAAUGGCCGCCCAUUGGAUCCACAGCAGCAGGCUGCCACUUGUCUAGUAGUAGAUCCUGCCAAUCAAAGUGUGAUUAUGAGGCAAGACACUGCCUCACCCUACACCAUCCAACAACAGCAGCAAUUACAACAGCAACAACAAAUACAGCAACAACAACAACAACAAAUACAGCAGCAACAAAUACAACAGCAACAGUUACAGCAACAGCAACUUCAGCAACAACAAAUACAUCAGCAACAACUUCAACAGCAACAAUUACAACAGCAACAAUUACAACAGCAACAGCUUCAACAACAUCAGUUACAACAACAUCAACUUCAGCAAGAACAGCAGCAUCUGCAACAGCCCCUGCCACCUCCCCCAACCAUGCCCAUCUCUGACCCUAACCUUUCUAUGAUGUCUCCACUUCCUGCUCCACCUACCCCAGUGCAGACAGUCGCUCCAGCGGCACCUCCCCUUGUGCAGGCUGCCCAAUGUCCAGUCCCCCCUCCUCCAGUCACUCCACUUCCUGCUCCUCCCCCCCCCACAGCCCCCCAGACGCCAUUGCCUGUGGACCCCAAGAAGACAGUUGAUCCUGAGUUUCUUGCCCUGUUGCGAAAUGAGGGCCUUUCAGAGAGAACAAUCUCCUCACUUAUCCAGCAGGGAUUUGACUCCACUAGCAUGCUGGCUGUUAUGGAGGAAAAUGAUGUCCGCACUGUCGCCCCCAACCUUGGUCAGGCUCGUGUAUUGUCUCGCUUGGUCCACAACUGCAAGCGGCCCGUUGAGGCACCGCCAGCCCCCUCCCAACCUCAGACACCCAUGCGAGGCCGCUCCAAUAGCUUUAGCCAUCGCUCAGACAUCUACCACCAGCAGCAGCACCAUCAUCCAGUGCACCCCCCACAAAGUUUAACUGUGGACCCCCAAAUGAUGCACCCACAGACUCCUGCGACUAUGCAGACCAUCUCCCCAAGGAUGGGAGAAGUAAUGGGUAGGAGGCCCAACAGUGCCCCAUCUCAGCAACUCCUGGAAACCUCUGGAGGCUACCCAGGCCAACCACCUCGCACCCCAGGGCCAUACGCUGGAGCACUUAUGCCUGUUCAAUCAAGACCCAUGUCAGCCUACUCUUCUGGGGGGACAAUGUCAGGGAUGCCCAUGCAUGGUAUGCAGGUCAUGUCACAGCAAAUGACUGGGUCAAUGCCUGCCAUACCAGGGUCUAUGCACUCCAUGCCAGGUAUGCCACAGCAGAUGCCUAUAUCCAUGCCAGCUUUACAACAGCCACCGCAACAGGUACCGAAAGCAUAUUCUACCAAUUACACAGUGCCCAUGGAGCUGAUGAAGAGGGACAGGAACAUAAUGCCACUGUCACCCAUGCACAGCCCUCACCCCAGUCCUCAGAUGAUGCGUAAGGGUGGGGGACCUGCACCAGACAAUGCCCUUGUCCCUAUGGGAGGCCAAGGCCAAGGUGCCCUUGCUGCUAACCAGAAGCUAAGUCGACGCACGGGUCCACCAGUUAUUGUGUCCACGAUGGCAUCUCCAGAUACCAGUAUUCGGCCACAGAUUAUGAAUGGGCCUAUGCACCCACGCCCCCUGGUGGCGCUGCUGGAUGGGCGCGACUGCACUGUGGAGAUGCCCAUCCUUAAAGAUCUGGCCACUGUGGCUUUCUGUGAUGCCCAGUCCACACAAGAAAUACAUGAAAAGGUGCUGAAUGAGGCAGUAGGGGCCAUGAUGUACCACACCAUCACCCUGACCAGAGAGGACUUGGAGAAGUUCAAGGCACUGCGCAUCAUCAUCCGCAUCGGCAGCGGCUACGACAACAUCGACAUCAAGGCUGCCGGCGAUCUUGGCAUUGCGGUGUGUAAUAUCCCCUCAGCGGCUGUAGAAGAGACAGCAGACUCAACACUCUGUCACAUCCUCAACCUGUACCGGCGGAACACCUGGCUGUACCAGGCUCUCCGGGAGGGCACGCGGGUCCAGAGUGUGGAGCAGAUCAGGGAGGUGGCAUCAGGGGCGGCCAGGAUCCGAGGAGAAACACUUGGCCUCAUCGGAUUUGGUCGCUCAGGCCAGGCGGUAGCAAUACGGGCCAAAGCGUUCGGCUUCAACGUGAUCUUCUAUGACCCCUACCUCCAGGACGGCUUGGAGCGCUCGCUGGGCGUUCAGCGAGUCUACACGCUCCAGGACCUGCUCUACCAGAGCGACUGCGUUUCCCUACACUGCAACCUGAACGAACACAACC